AUGCCAGCUGCUAUCUACCUCCCGGCUUCUCACCAGGCAUCUUUGGAUCCCUCACGGAAGCCUGUAGUGAGGCCAUCGCCAACUUCAGCUACCAAUGCAUCCAAGGUCGAGUCCGUACCCCGCACAAUAGAUGCGCUGUUACGCCUGCGCGCUAUAUCUCAUCCUCAGGAUCAUAUUGUUUCCUAUCCAAAAUCAGGAAUAGACUUCGUCGACUAUAACUUACAGCAACUUGAUGCAUUCGCUUGGAGAGUGGCGAAUCAUUAUGAGCUGCUUAUUCCCGCCCGAAAGUCAUCGAAAGAAAAGCCGCAUGUUGUAGCGCUAUUGGGCGUAUCAAAUUUUGAGUAUCUCAUUACGCUUCUUGCUUUAAUAAAGCUUGGGCAUACGGUUCUCCUCCUUUCAACGAGGAUCACAGUUCCAGCUAUUGAAUCUCUUAUCAAUGCUACUUCGGCUUCUACAAUCAUUGUAGACAAGAAACAUUGGAGUACUGCAUGGGAGGUUCAAAAGCUGCUGCCGCGGUUGCGACUAUUUGAAGUAAUAGAUCGUCCAGUAUUCGAGUUUCCAAUUGAAGCUCAUGGAGACACUCAACUAGACUCUCAUUUGGAUCCGGAAAUUGAGGCGCAAAAUAUUGCUCUUAUCGUGCAUUCAAGCGGAUCAACUGGCCAUCCAAAGCCAAUCUUUCAAACGCACAAGUCAUGUCUUGCAAAUUAUGCAAGCAGCAUGAAUAUGAAAUCGUUCAUCACAAUGCCAUUGUUUCACAACUAUGGCGUCUGCAGCUUCUUUCGCGCAAUCCACUGCCGCAAAUCUAUUCAUUUUUACAAUGCUGAACUUCCAUUGACGCAUGAUAACUUGUUGAAAAUAUUCCAAGCGAAUAACUUUGAGAUUUUCUACGGCGUCCCAUAUACCCUGAAGCUGCUUUCAGAAUCGCAAACGGGCAUUGACCUCCUUCAAGAGUUAAAGCUUGUAAUGUACGGUGGAUCAGCCUGUCCGGAUGAUUUGGGAAAUCUUCUUGUUGAGAAUGGGGUAAAUCUUAUAGGACAUUAUGGAGCGACCGAAGUCGGGCAGCUCAUGACCUCUUUUCGCCCCAAAGGGGACAAAGCAUGGAAUUAUGUACGGGAACACGAUGCACUUUCACCAUAUUUGAGAUGGGAGCCACGAGGCUCAAACCUGUUUGAGUGUGUUAUUCUGGAUGGCUGGCCAUCUAAAGUCAAGUCCAGUCGGCCAGAUGGCGCUUACGCAACCAAGGACCUUUUCGAACCUCAUCCAAGCAUUCCCAGAGCCUGGAAGUACAUUGCCCGACUUGACGACACAAUUGUCCUUGUCAAUGGUGAAAAGUUCAAUCCUGUGGAAAUGGAAGGCAAAAUACGGUCGGAUAAAAACGUCACAGAAGCCGUCGUGUUCGGUGCUGGUCGUGCGCAUCUUGGAAUCUUGCUUGUCCCAGCUGCUGGAUUAGCCACUCACACUAAUGAAGAGAUACUUGAUAUAAUCUGGCCAAUCUUCGAAAGUGCCAACAAAUCUGCAGAUGCCUUUGCCCGAAUUUCGCGGGAUAUGAUCCGGCUAUUACCUCAUGAUUGUGCCUAUCCUCGCACGGAUAAGGGGAGCAUAAUACGACAAGCCUUUUACCAAAAGUUCAAACGGGAAAUUGAGGAAACUUAUGAUCUUGCUGAAUCAAGCUCAGAAGAGCUUGUGCAAUUUGAUCUUCCAGAGCUACAACAGUUUAUAAGAGACCUUCUUCAGAGGACUCUUGAAACACCUACACCACUUCAAGACGACGAAGACUUUUUCUCCCUGGGUUUAGACUCAUUGCAAGCUAUCCAAAUGAGAAGCGAGAUUCUGAAGAAGGUAGAUAUUGGCAAAAGCAAACUUGGACAGCAAGUUGUAUUUGAGCAGCCGUCAAUCAGCAAGUUGAGCAGCUUUUUACUUUCUCUGCGAACUGGUAGCGAUGCCAAUGAGAAGAUGUCCAUCGAGCAACAGAUGGAGAAUCUGGUGAUGAGAUAUUCGACAGAGGCUUUGUCUAUACCGACUAGUUCAUCAAUUGUUGUUACUGGCGCUACCGGCUCUCUUGGAGCUCACAUUGUCGCAAAGCUGGCUUCUAGACCCAAUAUUGAUCAAGUCUAUUGCCUAGUCCGUGCUAGUGAUCUAAUGCAUGGCUAUAAACGAGUUGUUAGCUCGAUGAUACAGAGAAGAGUCUACCACUCGCUAUCUCUAGCCUCAAGGCGCAAAAUCAUUGUCUUGCCGUCAAAUUUGGCGGAGCCAGAUCUUGGAUUAUCCAAAUCAGCCUACGAGUCAAUCGCUGAGAAUCUUACUGCAGUGAUUCACUGCGCUUGGUCUGUUAAUUUUAACAUGCACCUCUCAAGCUUCGAGAAAGGGAAUAUUGCAGGUGUAUCGCAUCUUAUUUCUCUCUGCCAAUCAGCGCAGCCACCAGCUACGAUGAACUUUUGUUCGUCUGUCAGCACCUGCUCUCACUCAACAGUCAUUCCAGUUCCCGAGCGUGUUCCAGACUUUUCAUGGGCACAAAACAUGGGAUACGCUCAAUCCAAGUCGGUAGCCGAGCAUAUUUGCGCUAGAGCCGCAUCUCAGGGUGUGACUACUCGCGUGCUUCGUAUUGGACAAAUCGUUGGCGAUACAGAGCAUGGCGUAUGGAACCCUCAAGAAGCAGUUCCCAUGAUAAUGCAAACUGCGGUAACAAUCGGCGCUCUACCGAGACUCCAGGAAACCCCGUCGUGGCUACCAGUCGAUGUUGUGGCAGAUGUCGUCACAGAUAUAUCGCUUUCUAGUGCAGGAAGCAUAUUUACAAAUGUCACAAACCCACAACUCUUUAGCUGGAAUGAUGAUCUUCUACCUGCUCUACGCAAAUGCGGGCUUGCCUUUGACGAAGUUGAGCCUAGAGACUGGAUUAAGAGAUUGCGGGCAUCAAACCCGGACCCAGUGGCUAAUCCGCCUAUCAAGCUAGUGGAUUUCUUUGCUUCUAAAUAUGACAAAGACUCGUUUGGCCCGUCAAAGACGUUCUCCACUGAAGUGGCACGUUCUUUCUCUCCAGCUUUGGCCAAAGUUCCCAGUCUUGUGGAGGAGCAUGUAGUUAAAUUUGUUGGCUAUCUCAACGGAAAGGCAUGGAAGAGCUCAUCGUCUUCUACAGAAGCUGAGAAGACAGUCAUUGUGAUAAUGGGUCCCUCUGGAACGGGAAAGUCGACUAUGGGAAGUGGGAUAGCGCAAGCGCUUGAUAUACCUUUCAUUGAAGGCGACAAACUAUACUCCCGCCAAGACAUCGCAACAAUAAGGUCGGGCAUUACACUAUCCGAUGAAGAUAGCUUAUCCUGGAUCGAUAGAAUUAGCCGAAGAGCCACGGAGACGCUCACAGACCUCGGAUACAAUUGUUCGGUCGUCAGCUGCUCUGCUUUGAGGGAAAAGUACCGCAACCAGAUUCGUCGCCAUAUGGUUACGCAUAAAGUCAAGACCAUCUUUAUUGACUUGCAGGCUGAGAGAAAUAUCCUUCAGAGACGUUUACAAAAGCGCCACUGCACUGUACUAGAGACCCUGUUAAUUUACAACCAACUCGAUGUAUAUGAAAAGCCCAGCAGCAGGGAAUUUGACGUGGUACCUGUAGAUACGGAGAGGGCUGAAAAGGCGGUAUUAGAUCAGAUUCGAUGGAUCAUUGAAGAAGCAGCUGAAUGGUUUUAG